AUGAUCGGAAUGGGACUCUCAUUUAUGAUAGGUCCUUUCAAAUUUAUGAUUCCAAAAUCACUCACAACUUUUGCUCACAAGCAAGUGUACAAAUAUAUCGAUACAUUCGUUGAUAAAGCGUCAGAAAAGACACUGGAAGAGUCUACCUACAAGGGCAAUUCAAAUGUGCCAAUGCAAAAGAGUCUUCUAGAAGGUCUGGCUAAGCAGACUGAUGAUCGCAUAGAGAUUCGUCAGAAUGUUAUCCAGGGAAUGAUGGCAGCGCAAGCUCUUCGCAUAUACCCCGUAUUCCCAACCAUGAACCACAUUGCUCUCCGCGAUACAAUACUACCAAAAGGUGGAGGUACAAACGGAGAAUCUCCAAUCUUCGCACCUACAGGUACAACGAUAUAUACAAACCAGUAUGCUUUACAUCGUGACGAGAAAGUUUUCGGAAGCGAUGUUGAAUCCUUCAAACCAGAUCGAUGGGAUUCCGUCAAUUGCAAACCAACUCCCUGGAAAUACAUGCCAUUUGGUGGCGGACCACGGGCUUGUGUCGGUCCACAAAAAGCGCUGGUAGAGGCGGCGUAUACGGUGGCGAAGAUUGCACAGGUGUAUAAGGGAUUGAAGAGUCGUGACAAUAGAGACUGGGAGGGCGAGUGGAAGUUGACGGCUAAGAAUGUGAAUGGAUGUAAAGUUGUAUGUACCCCAGCAUGA